AUGGUCCGCGUUCUCUUGCGGUGCUUCCCGCACUGCUGCCCGGAGCAUGUGCAGCGCUGCUACUGCGGUACUUCCAUCCACGUGCAGGUGUCCUUCACCACUAUCCUCCCACCCGUCGUGCGGGAUAAACUACUGGUGUGCGCUCGCUUCGAGCCAUCGAGAGUAGUCCCACUUUGGCCCAAUAACGUAGCAAGCGCACCUGGGUAUGACGCCAUGCAGGAGGAUGAGCGCAAAUUGCAGCCUGGUGAAGUCGUAGCACUUCCUGCGAGUCUCUUGGCCGUGGAGAAGCGAAAACCGGACCAGACGGUGUGGAUCCGAGCUGACAGAGAAGGUGAACUAAAACAAAAGACGCUCCCACAGAACGCCGUUUUAUACGUGCUCAACAACCACCGCUUUCCCAAGUGGCAAUAUAGUUACGACAGCAGCGUCACCAGAGCACAACGAGAGAUGAGUCAUCAUUUAGUCGUCUACGUCUUCCAGCUCACAGGUAGUAGAUUGGACUCUGGAGAAAUUGAAGCGGCCAUUCUCGCCCGCCAUGAAUCGCCAGGUUGA